GCACAUCAACGCAUCAGUUAAACAUUUCAGACCCUGGGAGACCCCUGAACUGCAUUAGCUUUGAGGCACUCUUAACUGCUUAAAACUGCCCAUGUUCACAAAAUGAAUGCAAGUUUUUCGCACUUACUCCUGGUGUUUUCUUUCCUGCAUGUUUUAUUUCUCAGGCUUCAUGUAGUAUUGAGAGUUUUUGCAUUCAGGGCAGAAUGAAUGAACCUAAAGGCUGAGCAGGAGAAGAUUUUGGAGACCCUGAAAGUACUGACCAAAAACUCAAUGUGCUCUCAGAGAGGGCUCUUGCUGGCAAGCACUGACUCAGUGAGGGAGCAGACUAGAAUUGUUUACAUGAUCUGAUCAUGAGUGGAGUCCAAAAGAGCAAGGGAAAACCCUUGGGGAAGAAAAAAGCAGUGAUGCAGAAGGUAUUGGAAAUAUGAAGCAGCAUCAGGUUGCUUGCUGAGAAGAGUCUAAAAGGAUCUACUACAGCUCUCUCUUCCUGGGCACAUUUCCUAGCAACUCUGAAUUAACUCAACAGAGGCAUAUGGAACACUGGAUGUUUUGAGCAGAAGGAAAAUUGGAUGUUUUGAGCUGAUCUAGUGAAAAUGGAACAUAAGUAAUUUCACAUCUGAAGCUUUUCUCAAAUGGAGGAAUUUUGAAUGGGACCCAUUAGCAUCUAGAAGUGGCAGCCUUUUUCUCUGUGUAUCCUGGGGCGGGGGGAGGGGGGAAUGAAUUUCACAAAUUGCACAACAGAAGCCAACGUGGCUGUCAAACCCAAAACAGUCACCGAAAAGAUGCUUAUUACCCUGACCUUGGCCAUAAUCACAAUUUUGACUAUGCUGCUGAACUCUGCUGUAAUUACAGCGAUUGGCACCACCAAGAAACUACACCAGCCUGCAAAUUACUUAAUAUGUUCAUUAGCUGUGACAGAUCUGCUUGUUGCUCUUUUAGUCAUGCCCUUGAGUAUUACAUACAUAGUGAUGGAUACGUGGACACUGGGAUACUUCAUCUGUGAGAUAUGGCUUAGCGUUGACAUGACCUGUUGCACGUGUUCAAUUCUUCAUCUUUGUGUCAUUGCACUGGAUAGAUACUGGGCGAUCACAGAUGCUAUUGAAUACGCCAGGAAAAGAACAGCAAAAAGGGCUGGGCUUAUGAUAGUCACUGUGUGGACUAUAUCCAUUUUCAUUUCGAUGCCACCUUUGUUUUGGAGAAAUCAUCACAGCGUCACAAUUCCCAGCGAGUGUCGCAUUCAACACGAUCACGUGAUCUACACUAUUUACUCCACUUUUGGGGCAUUUUAUAUCCCCUUGACGCUAAUACUGAUCCUCUAUUACAGAAUUUACCAUGCUGCAAAAAGCCUAUACCAAAAACGUGGGUCAAGCCGCCACCUAAGCAACAGGAGCACCGACAGCCAAAAUUCUUUUGCCAGUUGUAAGCUCACGCAGACGUUCUGUGUGUCAGACUUCUCGACAUCUGACCCAAUCACAGAAUUUGAUAAAAUACACGCGUCAGUGAGACUUCCUCCUAUUGAUAACGACCUGGAGCUGGCUGGUGACCGUCAGCAGAUUUCCAGUACACGGGAACGAAAGGCUGCUCGCAUCCUGGGACUGAUCUUAGGGGCUUUCAUCUUGUCGUGGUUGCCAUUUUUCAUUAAGGAGCUUAUUGUGGGCCUGAGCAUUCUCAAGAUGUCUACAGAAGUAGCUGACUUUUUUACAUGGCUUGGCUAUGUCAACUCCCUUAUCAACCCUCUGCUAUACACUAGUUUUAAUGAAGAUUUUAAGCUGGCCUUUAAAAAGCUUAUUCGGUGCUGGGAAAAUUCUUAAAAGCACCUAAAGGUAGAUAUGACAUGACGCCCUGGCCUUAAGAAUGAGUAAAAUGCGCUGAAUUUGGUAACAUUUUGCUUGGAA